UAUGUGUGUCCGUGUGCAUCAAUGUGCCCUGAUUCACCUUGAACACGACUGUCGACUGACUGACCCUCCAAGUGUUGCCCUAACAGCCCCUGGUCCUGUGUCUCCCCCUACAGACCUGUUUGAUAACGACAUGCAGCAGGACGCCCAUGAGUUCCUCAACGACCUGCUGAACACAGUGGCAGACAUCCUGCUGGAGGAGAAGAAGCUGAACAUGCAGGAGAAGCAGAACGGACGCCUCAAGAACAACGGAACGGCCAUCACCACGGAGACCGAGCUCGAGAAGAAGACCAUGGAGUCCACCUGGGUGCAUGACAUCUUCCAGGGCACGUUGACCAAUGAGACGCGCUGCCUCAACUGUGAGACGGUCAGCAGCAAAGAUGAGGACUUUCUGGAUCUUUCUGUGGACGUAGAGCAGAAUACAUCAAUAACACACUGUCUCAGGGACUUCAGUAACACAGAGACCCUGUGCAGUGAAUACAAAUACUACUGUGAGACAUGCUGCAGCAAGCAGGAGGCCCAGAAAAGGAUGCGUGUGAAGAAGCUGCCUGUGAUCCUGGCCCUGCACCUGAAGCGAUUUAAGUACAUGGAGCAGCUGCACCGAUACACCAAACUGUCCUAUCGUGUUGUCUUCCCUCUGGAGCUCCACCUCUUCAACACCUCUGGAGACUCUGUCAACCUCGACCGCAUGUACGACCUGGUCGCUGUGGUCGUCCACUGUGGCAGUGGACCCAACAGAGGACACUACAUCACCAUAGUGAAGAGUCAUGGCUUCUGGCUGCUGUUUGAUGAUGACAUCGUGGAGAAAAUCGAUGCCCAGGCCAUCGAAGAGUUCUAUGGGUUGACGUCAGACAUCUCCAAGAACUCAGAGUCUGGAUACAUCCUCUUCUAUCAGUCCAGGGAGUAACUGGAAUAAACACCCAGCCAGAGAGAGAGAAUGAUUGGAACUCUGAACAUGACCCCUCUCUGAGUCAUGUGCCAACGCCAUUCCCUGUCUCACUGCCUUCCCUGGGUCUGCCUGGACUUCAUUU